AAAAUCCGCAGUCAGCUGGUGAGGUCUAACGAGCGGUAAAGAUUUGAUCCAGUCGGUUAUAAACCAGGCUGCCCGCCGGGUAACAGGGUCACUUAGCUUUAGAGCUAACUCACGUGAACUUUGUGCGAAUAAAGUGUUCCAGCUUUUGUCUCCUCGUCAUGGCGACACCGCUGUGUGUUGUCUUCAUCCUGGUUGUGUCUAUUCGCUCCUGCGAGGGGGACCUGCGCUUUGCCUCCUACUAUGGAGACCACAUGGUGCUGCAGAAGUCUCCAGAGCGCGCUGUGCUGUGGGGUCACGGCCCCGAGGGGGCUCAGGUGACCCUCACCUUGUCGGGACCAUCGAAACAGAACGCCUCCGUGGUCACCGUGAAAAAGGGUAUCUGGCGUGUCACCCUUGACCCGGUUGAAGCUGGCGGCCCCUACAAUGUGACGGCAGCCGCUCCGAACUGCGCAGCCGCUCUGACUGAUGUGCUGUUUGGAGAUAUUUGGCUGUGUGGAGGGCAGAGCAACAUGUGGUUACAAACGUCUAAGAUUUUUAAUGCGUCAGAGGAGCUGGACUUUUCAGCAAAGUAUCCUCAUGUGAGGAUUUUUAUGGCAGCCUUGAACCUGAGUGAAACUGAGCAGACUGAUUUGAUUCAAGUGGAAAUUCCCUGGUCUAUGCCGCCAGCAAAUGUGGCAGAGUUCUCUGCAGUGUGCUGGCUCUUUGGCCGCUACUUGUAUGAGACGCUGCAGUACCCCAUAGGACUGGUGGAGUCCUGUUGGGGGGGCACACCUGUCGAAGCCUGGUCCUCUUCAAGAGCACUGCAGCGGUGCGGACUGUAUCGAACUAACAACAGUAAGGACCAUGAAAGCUUCGCUGACACUUACUGCAAGGAUUGCUCAUUACAAACUACCGGUCCUAAAGAGAAUUCGGUCUUGUGGAAUGCAAUGAUUCACCCGCUGCUCAACAUGACCAUCAAAGGAGCCAUCUGGUACCAAGGUGAGGCGAAUGCAGUGUAUCACCAAGAGACGUACAACUGUUCCUUCCCAGCGAUGAUUGAUGACUGGAGGGUGGCGUUCCACCUGGGCUCGGGGGGGCAGACGGCGCUCGACUUCCCCUUUGGAUUUGUUCAGCUGUCCACCUACGAAAAAGGCUCCAAGAGUGACGCUUUUCCAAACAUCCGCUGGCACCAGACGGCCGACCACGGCUUUGUCCCCAAUUCCCGGAUGGAGAAAACCUUCAUGGCCGUGGCUUUGGAUUUACCGGAUGCAAAAUCACCUUUUGGCUCGAUCCAUCCACGGGACAAGCAGGAUGUAGCCCACAGACUGAUACUGGGCGCUAUGGCAGUGGCUUAUAAUGAGAAGAACGUGUCCUUCCGCGGUCCUUUCCCCAAGGAAAUCAUUGCGUCGGCUCCAAUGUCCGUCAACAUCACCUACGACCAGGAAGUCUCUGUCUCGCCAUCCAAAGACAUCUUUGAGAUCUGUUGCUCAGGGGAUCAGACUCCAGGAGGGCCUGAGUCUCGCUGGGUUGCAGCUCCCAUCAUGCACUGGGGUGCGACCACUGUCCAGUUAUCUACCAGUUUGUGUCCACUUCCUGAUAAAGUAUCUGCCGUCCGAUAUGCAUGGAGAGACUGGCCGUGUGACUUUAAAGCCUGUCCCAUCUACAGCACCAGCGGGAGUUUACCUGCGCCUCCUUUUGACAAACCGGUCUCCAGCCAAAGGAAACCAGGAGUUUGAGGAAGACUAAGUGAUGGAAAAACGGUCUCGACAAUCAAGUUGGGUAGUAAUAAGUAAGUCAGAGUGGGGCAGUGCCAGAGCCCACAGAUUAAGCAAAAAGUACCCUCUGCAAUUCAUAGACCCUGAAUACGAACCGUAACAUUUCACCUCUUCUUUACCAGAGUGGUUAGUUUUCCUGGAGCUUCAGAAUGCGAAUAAUACUAAAAGAGUAGAAAGUUCAGGGAUUAUCAGUCUGUUUGAUAAAGUGCAUGUUUAUAUUUUUGAUGACAUUGUUUAUCCAGUGGACAACUAUGCUGUUGCAAAUAAUUGCUGCACUGUAGAAAACAUGACUGAUGUUUUAUUUGAAUGAAACUCAAGUUUACAACACGUGGAUCUUUGUAACUGAACAAAAUUUGCACAAAUAAAUGAUUAAAACGA